AUGGCGCACGCAGCUGUCGCAUUUGACGAGAACAUUCGCAGCAUCCUCAAGGAGUGGAAGAUACCCGGACUUGCAAUCGCUGUCAUACAAGACGACGCAAUAGAUGCCAAAGGUUAUGGUGUGUCUCAUCUAGACGGCGACCCUUGCACCCAAGACACGCUCUUCGACUGUGCCAGUACGUCAAAGUCCUUCACCGCAGCAUGCGUUGCGCUUCUAGUAGCGGACGAAGCGUAUCCAGAUGUGCAGUGGCAUAUACCGGUCUCCAAGAUUUUCCCCGACGAUUUUGUUCUGUCAGAUCCAUACCUCACAGCAAGUGUCACCGUUGAGGAUAUCCUUAGUCACCGGACAGGAGACCCAGGACAUGAUGAUGCGUUCUUCGGCCAGAAAGCUGUACAGCCAGAUAAUGCCCGCUCGAUAACCCGGAACCUACGCAACCUUCCGUUCAGCAAACCGUUAAGAACGGAGUAUCAGUACAGCAACAGCAUGUACACAGUUGCUACGCACCUCAUCGAGUCGAUUACUGGCGAGUUGUACAGCGACUUCGUUCGAAAGAACAUCUGGGAGCCGCUUGGUAUGCUAAGCACUUACCACGAUAUCAAUAAUGUUGAAACUGGUAAUGCGGAGGCGCGUUUAGCGACAGGAUACUGCUGGGACAAGAAGCACGAAAAGCACGUUGCCAUCCCUUCGUAUGCGCAGCCUGAGGGACAAGGCGCUGGAUGCGUAUACAGCAGUGUCCGCGACUUUGCGAAAUGGGUACGGGCGCUGCUGUGCCGCUCUGGUCCGUUGUCGGAAGAUGCACACAAAGAGAUGACCAGAGGGCGAAGUAUCAUUCCCUUUGAAAGUAGUGAUACGCUCCCACUUUAUGGACACUCGCUGUACGCGCUGGGUCUGAUCGUUGAGUCGUACCGUGGGCACGUAGUGGUCGGCCACGAUGGGUCUUUCGCUGGAUUCAAGGCGUUGAUGCGGUACAUGCCAGGGCAGAACUGGGGUGUUGUUAUGUUUGGCAACUCGGACGAUGCAUUCUAUGUCUUGCAGAUUCUGUUCUAUAAGCUAGUGGACGAGGUGCUCAAGAUUCCGCGAGAGGAGCGUACGGACUGGCUGGCGUAUUGGCGGCAAUAUCAGCUCGACGAAGAGACCGAAGAGGACACUCAGGAUCUGCUUCCUCCUGAAUUGCCACAAUCGCUCCCAGCGCCUCUGGAAAGCCUUGCUGGGACCUACUCCAAUGCCGGCUAUCGCUUGCUAGUACUUACACAUGAAGUGGAGAUGUUGAGGGCCAACUGCACGGAUAGAGGCAUGCCUUUCAACCUUAGGUUCGACCGCUUGUCGGGCAAGGAUUUUGUUGUCGAGCACGAAGACUUUUUGGACAAAAGUAUUCGUAAGCUCAAAGCUGAGUUUGAUAUUGAUGGGGAUGGAAUGGUCAACGGGUUAGGAAUAUCGUUGUGCAGGAUGAUGAAGGACGAGUUGAUCUGGUUUACAAGGCACAACUGA